UUUGGGUGAAUACAUCAUGGGUAGCAGGAGUGGAGAAGACCAGGCACUCCUCUAGACUAGAAGACUCCUAACAUUCUGCAUCCUGACCAUCUUUCAAUCCUUCCAGGCUGGACCAGUAGGCAAAGGAAAGACAAUGGCUUUUUAUCCCCUUCAGAUUGCUGGGCUUGUUCUUGGAUUCUUCGGUUUGGUUGGGACGAUUGGGACAACACUUCUGCCUCAGUGGAGAGUGUCAGCUUUCAUCGGCAGCAACAUUAUUAUCUUUGAGAGGAUCUGGGAAGGGCUUUGGAUGAACUGCAUCCAGCAAGCUAUGGUCACGUUGCAGUGCAAAUUCUAUAACUCCAUAUUGGCUCUCCCUCCGGUACUGGAAGCAGCGCGUGCACUCAUGUGUGUGGCUGUGGCUCUUUCCUUGGUUGCCCUCAUUAUUGGCAUCUGCGGCAUGAAACAGAUCCAGUGCACCGGCUCCAGUGAGAGGGUCAAAGCCUACUUGCUGGGUACCUCAGGAGUACUCUUCAUUCUGACUGGUAUCUUCGUUCUGAUUCCAGUGUCCUGGACAGCCAAUAUCAUCAUCAGAGAUUUCUACGACCCAACCAUCCAUGCAGGGCAGAAGCGAGAACUUGGAGGAGCACUCUUCCUUGGCUGGGCUACUGCUGCUGUCCUCUUCAUUGGAGGCGGGCUGCUCUGUGGGUAUUGCUGCUGCAACAGAAAGGAACGAUGGCACAGAUACCCAGUCCCUGCAUACCGUGUGCCACAAAAGGAUAACCAAAGGAAGGUUACUGUGCCUAGAAAAACUUCCACCAGCUACGUCUAAGGUUUGCUUCCAACAUCAGCCCAUGGCUUAUGCUCAUGUGUUUUAUAAGGUCACCUCAGAAACUGUGAGUACAUCAGGCAGGAGAGCUACUUUUAUAGCAGAUUUAAAUUGAGAUGAAAGUUGUGAUUUGUUUUCCCUGAGUUAGGAAUAUAAAUGACUUAUUUGGACAUUGUGAUUCCCUUUGUGUUAUUUGUGCUCACUCGUGUUGAACUCAGUAUUUAUUCUAAUUUAUAUAGUAAAAUAUCAAGUGUCUUCUCACUGUAGGCAUGUGAUGAUGAUUACUAAAUUUUGCUUCUCCUGUAUUCUAAUAAGAAAGUAAAAUUUUAGAUUAUAAUUGAUAUCAAUAAAACAUACCUGUUU